AUGUUGAGAACCGCAUCAAAGUCAGCUCGAGCCGUCACUGCUGCUCGCGCUUACCACGCUAAAGUUCACGAUCAUUUCAACAAUCCUCGAAACAUCGGCUCGCUCGACAAGAACAAGGUUAACGUCGGAACUGGCAUGGUUGGAGCUCCAGCUUGCGGUGAUGUCAUGAAACUCAUGAUCGAGGUCGAUGAUGACGGAAAGAUCAUCGACGCGAAGUUCAAGACCUUUGGCUGCGGAUCUGCCAUCGCUUCUUCUUCACUCGCUACUGAGAUGAUGAUCGGCAAGCAUACUACUGAAGCUCAGAAGAUUAAGAACACAGAUAUUGCCACCGAGCUUUCUCUUCCUCCAGUCAAGCUCCACUGCUCAGUUUUGGCCGAGGAUGCUAUUAAAGCCGCUGUCCGCGAUAUCGCAAACAAGAAGAAAGCCGCUGCAGAAGCAUCAGCCUAA